CGCCGCUGCCGCCGCGGCCGAGACCGCGCAACCCGCGGUAAGAAGAAGACAUAACUUAUAGACCAUCUUCUGGCAGAAGAUGAUAGAUUUGGAUCAGAAACGGGAGGCGUUGGAAGCCAGGAAUCAAAAGUGAAGAAAUUCUGCAAGCCCUUGGGUGAGAAAGGUUCCUAUCACUGUAAUCAUGCCAGAAAUGACAGAGAAUGAGACUCCUACAAAAAAGCAGCACAGAAAGAAAAACCGGGAGACACACAACGCAGUGGAGAGGCAUAGAAAGAAGAAAAUCAAUGCCGGAAUAAAUAGGAUAGGAGAGCUGAUCCCGUGUUCCCCUGCCCUGAAGCAGAGCAAGAAUAUGAUCCUGGACCAAGCCUUUAAAUAUAUAACAGAAUUGAAAAGGCAAAAUGAUGAACUCCUGCUUAAUGGAGGAAACAAUGAGCAAGCUGAAGAAAUUAAAAAGCUACGUAAACAACUGGAAGAAAUUCAAAAAGAAAAUGGCCGAUAUAUCGAAUUACUGAAAGCAAAUGACAUAUGCCUAUAUGAUGACCCCACAAUCCACUGGAAAGGAAAUCUUAAAAACUCAAAGGUCUCUGUUGUUAUUCCCAGUGAUCAGGUUCAAAAAAAUAUCAUUGUUUAUUCCAAUGGGAGUCAGCCUGGUGGAAACAGCCAGGGAACAGCUGUUCAGGGGAUAACCUUUAAUGUUGGUCAUAAUUUACAAAAGCAGACCGCCAAUGUGGCGCCGGUACAGAGGGCUUGCAAUCUGGUGACUCCUGUGUCUAUUUCUGGAGUUUACCCUCCUGAAAACAAGCCAUGGCAUCAGCCCACAGUUUCUGCAUUGGCUGCCAACCAGCCUGUUCCUCUUUGUCUUCCUGCCACCAUUUCUGCUCAAAACAUUGUCGAGCUUUCCACCUCUGAAAGUGAAUCGAGUGUGCUUGGUGCCACCAGUGGCUCACUGAUCGCUGUUCCCAUUGGGCCUGAAGCCCACCAACAUCGUCCCUUGCACACAUGUCUGAAUGAUCAGAAUUCUCCUGAAAAUAAGAAUGGGCAAGAGAGCCCCAAAUUAGUGAGGAAAACAGUCCCUUGUGCCACAAGCAUCCCCACCACUUCCUCGGUGACUGCUGCGAAAGUGCACCAUGGAAGCAAGUCCUGCCUGAGCAUACAGGAUUUCAGAAAUGAUUUUCAAACCACCUUCGUCGUUUCAGUUACCACCACAGUCUGCUCCCAGCCCCCCAGGUCUGCAGGUGAUUCCUGUCCAGUGAGCAUUAGCAAGGGCGCAGACUCUGCAGCUGUUACCGCAGUGGUGGCCCCCUCUUCCCCCGGAGGAGGGAAGACCGCCACUCCCGUAAGCACUCUCUCUGCAAGCCCUUUGGACAGUAGUUGGACACUUUCUUGUUCUUUGCCUUCUUCAAGUGUUAGCGCUUCAGAUUUAAAAAACAUGAAUAGCCUUACUCGAAUCUCCUCCACUGGAAACACACAGACAACGUGGACUACUCUGCAACUGGCGGGAAACACUAUUCAACCCUUGAGCCAGACACCGUCUUCUGCUGUGACUCCAGUAGUAAAUGAGUCUGGUCCCAGCCCUACCACAGCCAACCACGGGAGAUCCGUCGCUACAGGUGUUAACUUGAGUAAUUCCUUUCCAGCAGAUGGGCAGGCAGUUGAGCAAGUGGUUGUAACCUUGCCUUCUUGCCCAUCUUUACCUAUGCAGCCGCUGAUUGCCCAACCACAAGUUAAAUCUCAGCCUCCAAAAAAUAUCCUUCCUUUGAAUUCAGCAAUGCAGGUUAUUCAGAUGGCUCAGCCUGUUGGGUCGGCUGUUAAUACAGCUCCAGGUAAUCAAAAUGUUAUCAUUCUCCAGCCUCCCAGCACAACCCCUUGCCCAGCGGUGAUGAGAGCAGAGGUUCCCAACCAAACCAUGGGUCAACAGAUAGUAAUCAUACAGGCAGCUAAUCAGAACCCCCUGCCGCUCCUCUCGGCUCCACCUCCUGGUUCUGUUCGACUGCCAGUCAAUGGAGCCAGUGCUCUAAUAGGGUCUAAUAAUUCAGUGCAGAAUGUUUCGACCCCACAGACUUUUGGAGGAAAGCAUCUCGUCCAUAUUUUACCAAGACCUUCAUCUUUAGCAACAUCUAGUUCAACACAAAGUUUUUCUGUUACCAUGUCAAACCAACAGCAGCCUCAAACCAUUUCUUUAAAUGGACAGCUCUUUGCUUUGCAGCCUGUGAUGUCCUCAUCAGGAACUACAAAUCAAACCCCUAUGCAAAUUAUCCAACCCACCACCAGCGAAGAUCCAAAUACCAACGUUGCCCUGAAUACGUUUGGAGCUUUGGCCAGCCUCAAUCAAAGCAUAUCGCAGAUGGCUGGGCAAAGCUGUGUACAGUUGUCUAUUAGCCAGCCUGCCAAUCCUCUGACUGCUGCAAAUAGUCAGACCACCCCAGUUAACUGUGUUUCGUUAACAACAACUGUAGCAUCUCCUGUGACAACUGAUAAUUCGGCCACACUACCCAGUGCUUACAGUCUAGUAACUACUCCCUCAGUGAACGCUGUAGCUUGUUUACCUAACGUGAAGUCGAAAAGGUUGAAUAAGAAGCCAGGUGCCAAGAAACACUUAGCAGCUAACAAGUUGGCGUGCCCCCUGAAUCCAGUCAGAGACGCGGGCAAGUUUGACUGCGCCAGCACUGACGCCACAGCGGAACCAUCAUGUAAUAAUGACGGACUGCUGGAAAGCCUCCCUGUUGGGUUACCGUCUGUCGCCCGGUCCCAGGCAAACAGUGUAAGUGUUUCUGGUGCACAUUCUGUGGACGUUCUGAAUUCCGAGUCAGUGAUACCUGAAUCUCUACCUAAAUCUAAGUCAGCAGAAGAAACUAGCUCACCCUCCCAAGAAUCUGUACCGAGUGAACAUUUUGUCAUGGCUCCAGCAAAAUCCAAAGAUUCUGCCCCCAUUUUGCAACGAGAGACCCCUCAGGAUAAGCCACCAACUAGUUUGGCGUUGUCAGAUGCUGCCAAAUCCUGCGCUUCGGCUAAUGUGUUGAUUCCAUCUCCAAAUGAUCCCCACGUUUUGGUUUCUCAGGUUUCUGGUCUGUCAUCUACCGCCAGCACUGCCGGUAGGGACUGUGUUUCCGAGGUAGAGGUCAUUGCGGAGCCUUGCAGGGUAGAGCAAGAUUCACCUGAUACGUUGCAAGCCACGGGUCUCUUAAAGGGGCCGGGUUUGACUGCGCUGCUUUCUGGUCUCGAGAAAGAGAAAGACCCUCAGAAACUCUCUCUCUCAGUCCAGGUGGACCAUCCUGACUUUUCUUCAGAAAACUCUAAACUGGUUGAUGCAGGUGUCGAUUUACAUCCCAAACAGGAGCUCUUACUGAUGAGCAGUGACGAUAGAGACCCGGGGCCGCCUCACUCGUGCGUCCCUGAUCCGGAGGGCAUUGGUGGCUCCUUGCUGGUCAGCAGACAGGCGGACUCUCCCAUGUCAACCAGCUCUGGCAGCAGCCGUAGUUUCUCAGUGGCGUCCAUGCUUCCUGAAACGACUAGAGAGGAUGUCAGCAGCAGUACAACGACCAACACGUGUGACAGCUGUACCUUUGUAGAGCAAACUGACAUCGUCGCUCUUGCGGCAAGAGCGAUAUUUGACCAGGACAGCCUUGAGAAGGGAAGAGCUGGCAGUCAGGCUGACAUGAGGGACGUCACUUCGAAGCCUGCCGAAGCAUCGCCUCUAGAGGGGGAGCAGCCUUUCAAAACACAGGUAUCUAAAGAGGGUGGUGCCGGACAGGCAGAAGCAACACCAAAUGAAUUUACUUCUCAGGAUUCGAUUGAAGCCACAGUGGAUCGGCCCCUUGGGAAACCAAGUUGUUCUGUGGGAAUGAAAACAUCCAGUGCCUCUUUACAGGUUUCAACCUCUCAGCCACCAAGCAUCACCAGUUUGAGUGUGAAUAAUCUUAUCCACCAGAGCAGCAGCAGCCAUCCUCUGGUCAGCUGUGCUGGUUUGUCCCAAACUUCAGAGCAAACAACUGUUCCUGCAACGGUUACUCUGACGGUGGCAUCUAGCUCCUACACCGGUCAGCCUCCUGGACCAGCUCUGAUGACCGAAUAUCCGCAGGAACAGCUCAGCACCAUAACUGGCACCAUACCAAAUCCACAGAUCCAAGAGCCCCUCUUAAAGCCAAGCCAGGAAAGCCGCAAAGACUCUGCUAAGCGUGCUGUCCAAGAUGACCUUUUAUUGUCUUCGGCUAAACGUCAGAAGCAUUGCCAGCCAGCCCCGCUGAGGCUUGAGGCAAUGUCCCUGAUGAGCCGAACUCCAGACAGCAUUUCUGAUCAGGCUCAGAUGAUGGUCAGUCAGCUCCCUCCCAACUCUGCGAACUCCGCGGUGCCCAUCAGCAACGCAGCACACGGGGACGGCCUCACCCGACUGUUUCCACCUAGUAACAGUUUUGUGGGCCCCACAUUGAGGCCAACGGAAGUGCAGUGCAGCUCUCAGAACUCGGUCGCCGAGCAGCAGCAGACCCAGGCCAGUCAACAUCUCCAGGCCCUGCAGCAGCAUGUUCCGGCCCAGGGCGUGUCCCACCUGCACAGUAACCACCUCUACUUAAAGCAGCAGCAGCAGCAGCAGCAGCAGCAGCAGCAGCAAGCGGUGCGAGAGAGGCAUCACCUGUAUCAGCUGCAGCAUCACAUACCUCACGCAGAGAGCUCCGUCCACUCUCAGCCCCAUAACGUCCACCAACAGAGGACUCUACAACAGGAAGUUCAGAUGCAGAAAAAGCGGAAUCUUGUUCAGGGCACUCAGGCCUCUCAGCUUGCCUUGCAACCAAAGCACCCUGGAACUGAUCAGCCCCGGCCCAAGAGCGGUCAGCCACACCCCCACCAUCAGCAGAUGCAGCAACAGAUGCAGCAGCACUUCGGAAGUUCGCAGCCGGAGAAGAGUUGUGAAAACCCUUCGGCCAGCCGGAACCACCAUAGCCAUCCCCAGAACCAUCUCAGUCAAGAUCUUCUGCACCAGCAGCCAGAUGUCGGGAACAGUCAGCAAGGUUCAGGGGUUUCUUCAGAACACGUAUCCAGGCAUAACCCAAUGCAGAGGCUUCUGACAUCAAGAGGCAUGGAGCAGCAAAUGGUGUCCCAGCCAAGUAUUGUGACGAGACCUUCAGACAUGACCUGUGCUCCACACAGGCCAGAGAGAAAUAGGGUUUCAAGUUAUUCUGCUGAGGCACUCAUUGGAAAGACGUCUUCUAAUUCCGAGCAGAGAAUGGGCAUAUCAAUUCAGGGUUCCAGAGUUUCAGAUCAGCUGGAAAUGAGAAGCUAUCUUGAUGUUCCCAGGAAUAAGAGCUUGGCCCUUCACAAUAUGCAGGGUCGUGUGGACCAUCCUGUUGCCCCGGAGAUCCGCCUUUCUGACUGUCAGACGUUUAAACCAAGUGGAGCCAGUCAACAGCCCCCGAGUAAUUUUGAAGUACAGUCCUCAAGAAAUAAUGAAAUAGGUAACCCUGUGUCAUCCCUGAGGACUAUGCAGUCCCAGGCUUUUCGAAUCAGUCAAAACCCUGGUCCACCACCAAUCGACCGCCAAAAGAGAUUACCUUAUCCACCAGUUCAGAGCAUCCCAGCAGGAAAUGCCAUCCCACCAAGGGACAGUGAAAACACAUGCCACCAGAGUUUCAUGCAGAGCUUACUUGCCCCUCACCUUGGUGAUCAGGUCCUUGGAACACAGAGACCACUCUCGGAACAUCAGAGGAACACACAGUGUGGUCCAUCCUCUGCCAUUGAAUAUAAUUGUCCCCCAGCUCAUGAAAGUGUACAUAUUAGAAGAGAGAGUGAGAGUCAGAACAGGGAAAGCUGUGACAUGUCCCUAGGUGCAAUUAACACCAGGAACAGCACCUUGAAUAUUCCUUUCUCCAGUUCUUCUUCUUCAGGAGAUAUUCAAGGUCGAAACACAAGUCCCAAUGUUUCUGUGCAGAAGUCCAAUCCCAUGAGGAUAACUGACAGUCAUGGGACCAAGGGCCACAUGAACCCUCCAGUCACAACCAACAUGCAUGGGGUUGCAAGGCCAGCUCUGCCCCAUCCGUCUGUGUCUCACGGAAAUGCUGAGCAAGGGCCUCCUGUACGUCCAACUAACUCUUCAGUUCCCCAGAGAUCAAGGCAUCCCUUGCAAGACAGCAGUGGUUCCAAAAUCCGUCAGCCUGAAAGGAAUCGUUCUGGAAACCAAAGACACAGUAAUGUCUUUGAUCCGAGUCUUCCCCAUCUUCCUCUGUCUACUAGUGGCAGUAUGAUUCUUGGACGCCAGCAGCCCACUACAGAGAAGAGAGGAAGUAUUGUUCGUUUCAUGCCCGAUAGCCCACAAAUACCUAACGAUAAUUCGGCACCUGACCAGCAUACACUAUCACAAAAUUUCGGUUUUCCUUUUAUUCCUGAGGGUGGCAUGAAUCCACCAAUAAAUGCUAAUACUUCUUUCAUUCCACAGGUAACUCAGCCUAGUGCCACUCGAACGCCAGCUCUCAUCCCUGUAGACCCCCAGAAUACUCUACCCUCCUUCUAUCCCCCAUACUCUCCUGCCCAUCCUACACUGUCCAAUGAUAUUUCCAUCCCGUAUUUUUCCAAUCAGAUGUUUUCAAAUCCUAGCACUGAGAAAGUCAACAGCGGAAGCCUAAAUAACCGAUUUGGAUCAAUUCUGUCUCCUCCCAGACCUGUUGGUUUUGCUCAACCAAGUUUUCCUCUGCUCCCUGAUAUGCCGCCAAUGCACAUGACCAACUCUCACUUGUCCAACUUUAACAUGACAUCUUUGUUUCCAGAAAUAGCUACAGCUCUUCCGGAUGGCUCGGCAAUGUCACCUUUGCUAACCAUAGCGAACUCCUCUGCCUCCGACUCUUCCAAGCAGUCCUCAAACAGACCUGCCCACAACAUAAGCCAUAUUUUAGGUCAUGACUGCAGUUCAGCUGUCUGAAUAUUGAUAGACUAAAUGUACGUGUGUCGGCUGAGACUACAGAUGUGUUUGUGUGCAUGUGCACACUUAAUGCACAUGGAGAGGGAGAUCGUGUGUGUGUGUGUGUGUGUGUGUGUUUGUGUGUGUAUCUGUGUUUGUAUGAUCAAUUUCCUGUUACCUUCUGAAUGUAGGGAAGUCACGUCAGAAAUGAUGCGAAUCAUGGGUUGUCAAAAACAAAUUAUCUUUUCAUUUUUAACUGCACGGUGUGCUUUUUAAAUUUUCUGAACGGAGUUAGAUUUUCAAGUUUGAUUUGGAAUCUUAUAUUCCCUAAAUGCUAAUCAGCUGGAAGUUGGAGGAGAUCCUCUUGGCAUGUGCUGAGUAGUAGGAAAGAACCCAGAUUUUAAACUUGAUUGUUGAUCAUUUGUAAAAUAGGUACUUGAGAUAGUUGAAUUCUUUCCAAAAAUCCAGACGCUUCGAUGCAAUGCAAUGGUACAUCACCAAAAUGCUUGGCUGAUAUCCACAUCUAGAAUAGUUUCUUACCCAUGGCAGGUGUUGAAUUACUAUGGAAUGAGUGUCCAUGGUUAAAGUCAAGCAGUUAGUAGGUAAAUGAGUUGUUUAAUCAGCCUUUACUCCCAAGGUCUGAUUUAGGUAGAUGCUUCCUUCUUAAUUAUAAUAAUUCAUCAGUUAUCUGAAUUUAAUGUCUUUUCUUCACAUUAGAGAGCCAUUUUAUCUUUUAAUGUGCCAAGAUCCUAGAACACAAAGGUCUUCCUUACUUAGCCUUAAAAAUAGCAAUCUAAAAAGCAAAGUACAUAGACAUUCUCCAUUUUGCGCUUGCAUUUUGCAUCAGGUCAUAACGGUAAAAGCAGUUGUAUUGCAGAGUUUUGCUUGUGUUCAGUUAAAGAUUGUUGUUUCAUCAGUUAAAUUUUGUUUCAGUAUUCUCUCUUCAUUCUGUUCAUUUGAUCCUGAAAUAAUUUCUUUUAUAUUUGUUUAAUCAUUAGGGACUGCUCAGUAAAUAGUGUUUGGAAUCUACACGAUUAUUUGAGCCUUACUUUUUAAAUAUUUCUGAGCAGAGUCUUAAGCUCUGUCGGUAUUUUCACUUACUGAUAUUUAUAUUUAAAAUAUGGCAUUGUAUGUUACAUUAUUACCCUUCAUAGUAGACUUAUAAUGAAAAGAUGAAUUUGUUCAUUAUUUUUCCUGAUGGCAGAUGUGAAAUGGUGCUUCAGAAAAUUGUCUUUGUAUAUGUCCAGGUGUGUGUAUGUAUGUGCAUGUGUGUGUGUGCGUGUGUGUGCACAGACAUAGAUUUUAAAGUAUAAGCUGGUCCUUCAAAAAUUGUCCUGCCAUCUGGAAAUGGAAAUUGUGACCUGAGACUUGCUGAAGUAUUGGAAAACUUGAUGUCAGGGUUUUUAAAAGCCCCUUAGAAGUUAAUUUUGUACAUACAUGUGUGUACACACACACACACACACACACUAAUAUAUUGAAUUUAGAAAACUUAAAGCCUAUGAAAACAACCAUAAAUACUCAUAUUCUCAAACCUAUUAGUUGUUGUUGUUGUUGUUGUUGUUAUAUUCUGCCAAAUAGGGGAUGGAGUGGGAGAGAAAUGUAUAAAUGGUUCCGUCUGCUCUGUUGAUAAUGGCAACCCAAGGACCAGAAUUUUAUUUUAUUUUUUUCCUCCUUAAAAAUGCCUCCUCAGGCUGGGUCAGAGCAGUUAACUCUGGCGAAUACCUCUAGUGAAGACUCAGUAAAAGGGUCAUGUGUGCCUCUUGAACUAUAUUUACCAAACCUUCCUCUCUCUUCCUGCUGCCCACUGAAGCAGCCUCCUGGGGGCAAAAAAAGGAAAAAAAAUAAAAAAAGGAAAAAAGAGUUGUAAACAAGAAAAGCUGUAUUUUCACUUUUCACUUUCAAAAUGGUCAUGGUGAAGAAUAGGAGUUACUUAAAUAAGACAACAGAUAAACACAGUAGUUAGAACUUGUAAUUGGGAAAAAAGUGAGAUUCGUGGCUUGUUUUUAAACUAAUUACCUUAACUGAGUUUUAAGUUAUGACAUUUGGGUUUUUCUCUGUACUUGAAAGGUCCAACCUGCCAAUUUCAAGAAGGAUAGUGUUCACUGUGUUGGGCUCUUCUCCCUCCCUCCCUCCCUCUCCCUGUCCCUCUCUCUGCCUUUCACAUACACAUACAAGUGCACACACGCACAGCGUGGCGGUUGUUGAGUUCUGAAGAACUGGGCACUGUUCGAUAUAAUUAGAACAACGGUAACAGGCUAAGGAGAAGAUCAAUUUGAACUUCGCAGCAGAAAGGCCUGAAAGGCUGGUACUGUCAGCUGCCCUCUGUUGGAUUGAUUUUCUUUUUCCGCUCAGCCCAGUUCAGAGAUAGCAUUUCCGUUUUUCAGAGUUUUCAUUCCAAGCACAUAAUACUUUGAUCCCAAAUCAGCCUCUACCCUUCAGGAAAGCUUAUUUGACCAUCCGAAGAAAGAUGUGAUCAUCUGCAAAUGGUUUGGCUUCUGCUUACGUGUAGCUCUAGUUAUCUUACAGAUGUGCAUGUGUAUGUAAGAGAUCAUCGUAUAUAUGGACUCAAUUCUGAAAGUGUUCAGAGCAUAGUAAUCUUAUUUGAUUGAAAAGCAUGAGUGUAUGAGAUUUACCAGCUGUAUAUUAAGUAUUUGGUAAUCAGAGCUACAUGAUUUUGGGGAGGAAAUUCUUUAUUUAAUAUCUAGCAGUCUCUGGAUACAAUUUUUGGCAAAAGCGUGACAGGAAAACAGUCAGUUUUGGUUAUAAUAAAUUUAUCGUUAUUUUUGGCUUGGCUUGCUAAUAUAGAACUGGGUCUAUAGAAUGUAAAAACAAUUUCCAUAAAUUUUUGAUUUCUUAAAUACACAAACAUACAAAUGUAUGAAUCAAAGUGAGAAUCAUUAAUUAAAUUAUUUCUAUCUUUUUUUAGUGUUGUUGAUCACAUAGAAUCAAUUAGAGAAAGUGAUUUCUCUAAAGAUUUAACAAAGUAACUUCUAAUGAGGUGAAAAAUUUCAGAUUUCUCAUGUAUAAAUUUCUGAUGUGUCAAUCAUGGAUAAAAGCAAGUUUGAUGUCUUUUUUUUUUUUUUUUUGGUACAUACCGGUUGUUUGGGGGAUAUUUUAUACCAUUUAAGGAAGUUUAUUUUUAUUUAUAUUGGAAGUCCUUUUGGAGGGACCAGGGAUGAUACCUUUUUUCUAAGUAAGGAGUGAUAUUCCACAGUGAUCAUGCUUUUUAAAAUUUAACAUAAUAGAACUGUGGAAGGAGAAGAAUGAGGAGAGAAUAUUCUUUUGCAGCAAUUUCCAGUUACAUAUCAGGGUGAACUGCAAUAAAGAUCAACUUUUAAAAAUCAGCCUUUUUUGGGGUUUGUUUUCCUAAUCAGCCUUCUUAAAAUAUAAAAUUAUUUAAAUGCUUUAAAGAAAAUUUAUUUGCCUUGCUCUUGCCUUCUAACAUUAUCCAUGUCAUGGAAAGGCUAAAAUUUAUAUUUAAAAAAAUGUGCAAACACAUUUUAAUGGGAGUAAAUUUUUUAAAAUUUGAGAAAAAGUAGACUUACUAACCAGACUCUUCUUGGCUUUACCCUUCCUCUGAUCUGUAGAUACCUAUACUCCUUUUUUCUUCCAUCUGCUCCGUGUCAGACAGAUGGCAGGGAGCCUGUUUAUUUCCUUAGGAUGAUUACUCCUCUGCCUUGAAAGGUUUAUUGUGCCCAUCCAUCUCUUGGAUCAUUGUUUGAUAUAAUGAGUCGUGCUCCUAUAUCUGAUUCCCAAUUCCUGGCUUCAGGAACCACUGUAUCUCCUGUUCUAUCAAGAGGCAACAAGAAUUUCUUGAAACAAAAUUAGAAUUAAUUUAAAAUUUUGAAUAAACCAUACAGUUCUGUUCCUUGUUUUGAUGAAAUUUCCUUUCUUCCCAUGGAGGAGUUUCAGAAAGCGCAAAGGUGGUACUAAGAUCAGAUAGCUUUGGAUUGAUAUCUUUAGGAAUCUGGAAGUCAUAGUACUGUUGUCUGUAUAAAUUCUCCCUUUGUCCAGAGAUCAUUGCUUAUGGUUGUAUACAUCCAGAGGACAAUAAUAAUAGCCAAAUAAACUAGUAUGAAGUUAAUCUGUGAGUGAUGAUUUUAUGAUACCUAUAUGCAAAUUAAAGGCCAGAAAUUCAUUUCUUCUUGAAGUACAUUUUGGGCUAAAUGCUCCCAACAGAAAAGGGUCUCUCUCUCUCUCUUUUUGUUUUUUUUUUGGCUUAACCGUAUCUCUCUGCAUUCUACCCUUCCUAUGUGAGCCAGACAGUGUUUUUACCAGAGUCUGUGGGGGAGCACUGAGUUUAGAGGGAGGCAGUCCAGCAUGAGGACCUUCUUGGACAUGGAGCUUCUAGUUCUGCCCACAUGCCUCUAUCCUGGUACUGCACUUUACUUGAAACUGUGCCUCUGGUCCAAAGACCAGCCAUUGGAACAUACUACUCACCCACUCCUCUGCUACAUAGCAAAGGACCAGCCAGAAUGGUACGUGCUGUGUAAUCAAACACCUAGAAGACAAGAACAGCUAUUUCUCACUGUUGCCUUAUCGUUCUCUGAGCCAUCUUUUAUGCCGAUCUUGUAAAAAAUGUACUGUUUAGAAGCAAAACUCCUUUUAAAGUCUGAGCUUGUAGGUGGUGGUCAUUCAACACUGUUACUUCCAUAUCGGCACAAACCCUGUCAACUGUAUGGCUCGGGUGCAGGCAUGCUUUCAGAUGCUUCAUAAACACGAGCCAACUUGGGUUGAAAGUAUUGGAUAAAAUAUUCAAAUUGGUGUUAUUUUGGAUGAUAGUCUGCAUCAUCUGUCACCGGAGAUCUCAUGAGACAUAGAAUCUCUAUCUUGUAAUUUAACACUUUUAAAAAUGAUCAUAAGUUGUGGGGUUUUUGCUUUUUGGGUUUUUUUUUUUUUUUUUUUUUUUGGCUCAGUUGUGUGUACAGCUCUACACCAUACUCUGUUACAGAAACUUAAGAGUUUCCUCCAUCUCACUUCUUCCUCACUUCUCUGGAUCUCUUUAUCUCCAUCCCUUAAGUCUUAAAACCGUUCUCAUUUGUGGGGUCAUCGAGGCCACUGGACUUGACUAUAUUGGUAACCUUUAAGGGAGUUGAACUGUUGAUCUUCCAAGAAGAAAGGGACCAGACAGUGUUGCUUAAAAUGCUGCAGUUGUGUUACUGUGAAGAAAAGAUUCACUUCCAUGUUCAGCAGGCCAUAUACACACACGCACACACACAUACAUGCACACACACACAUGCAUACACAUUUUGGUAAAAUAGGUGUAAAAAUCUGAGAACAUAAUUACCUUCACAAAUUAUUUAAAAUACACUGGGCGAGAGGCUUACUGUAGGGCAGUCACCAGAAAAAAAAACCCAACUGUAGUUUUUCAAUAGUGUAAUAUUUGUAUCUAUUCCCAUGCCAGCAAUGUCUGCUGUGUACUGUGUCCUAUUACUGUAAAUCACCUGGUUUAUAAUUCUAAUGGGAACUAAUUUGUUUUGUAAUGGAAUCCAGAGAAGAUAUGUAUAAUAUGAUCAGGAUUGUCCUACAGUUGUAAAUAAGAAUAGGUCCUGUUUAUUUUGACAUCUUUUUACAAAUGCAUUGUAUUAGGGUGUGAAUAUUCUGAACCAUGCUCUUGUUUAAAGUUUUGAAAUUUUUAUUGGUAAAUGUAACAUUUUAAUGGUUGUAAUAAUUAUUUGUAUAGAUAUGAAUAUAGUAUUUUAUUUAAGAAAAUAAACUUUGCAUUUUUGCAUUGUGAA